AUGAACAUGCAACCAAUUUUAUCAUUUUUCACAAUUCUAUGUCUUUUGAAUGACUCUGUCAGCUGGGGGUUUAAACUCGCAUUAUUUCCAACCUCAAAUGAAAACCUGACCGUUGAAAUGUCCCAAAUACCCGAGGAUGUGAUAGCCCACGAAAGCUUUAUAGAUGACGUAAUUGUACCAGCGAUCAACAAUGGCGACGACAACGCUAACCGAGCCGAUGGUAGCAGGCCGUCACCAGUUACGAAACACACGGUAUCGCGGAACUUCAGAGGACAACACGAAGAAGUCAAGAAAAAUGCUCCAAAGAUCAUCAAAUUGCUAUCUACCAGCGAUGUCCCGGUCAAGAGGUCCACAGCAUUCGAAUCGACUAGAGGUGCCGAAAUGAUGCAAGAUUCGGCUGUUACUAUGACGUCAGAUUCGUCCACAAGGAGGAGCAGCGACUUCACCGAAACUCCUGGGCUGUCUCAAAAUCAAAAUAAUUCAGAAAGUAAUCCGAAUGACUGCCCUCUGCGUAUCUACACCGCGGGAUCAGGAGUAAUCACCGGGAGCAAGAUUUAUGGAUUGCUCAAAAAACCCUGCCCCGAUAACAAACCACCCGGAAAAGACCAAGGCUACGUGAGACACAUACUUCAAAGGAUCCAGGAAUUUCUCGCAAAGUCUGUCCAUUUCACCAGCCAAUUGCUCUCCAAAAUCUCCGAAAUCAUUAGGAGUGACAGCUUAAUUGAAAAACUCAAACAGGAAGACUUUAAAUGCUAUGCCUCAGAGAACAUGCUAGAAAAUGAGACUACUGCAGAAAACCUAACUGUGGAAUUACACACAUCCCUCCUCAAAAGUUACGCUCUUCUGGAUUUGGCGAUCAAAAAAAGGUGUCAGAACGAGACUGUCCGCUAUGAUAACAUCUGUGGUGAUGUCCAACAGUUGAGGAAAAGCGUUAAAGGACUUUUGUGUGGCAUUGAAAACUUUUCCGUCCUCAAAGGAAUAGAUAUUGUAGAUUUCCCUCUGUAUUCAAGUCCCGACGAUGACGGGUUUCAGCAUCUUUCAUUUGAGCUCUACAUGUACUUGCACGUCAAUCAGGUUUACAAUUUUCUAAGGAACUUCUCAUCCAAUGAAACAUGGUCAAAGUUAUGGUCGUUAUAGUGAUGUCAAAUUUCUCUGUUAUUUCUCAACCAACAACCAACCGAGCUAUGGUCAGGGGUUUUUUUUCCAUAGUACCUUGAGAUUGAUGUCCCCAUUAUUAUGAAAACCCUUUGCACGUCCAGCUGCCAAUGAUCUGUUUAUUCCAUGCAAUAUAUUAUAUUAUAUUUAUUCGUAUACUUGAUUAUGUGAUAUUCUUAAAGAAAAAAUUGCCUCAGGGAUUGUAUUUUGAAAAGAGGGUGCUUUUCUUUUUUUGCA